AUGUCCGCUCAGGAGCAGGGCAAUGGCAGUCUGGACGUAGCAAGGCAUCUCCGGUACUUUACAAGAUGCAUGCGAACCCUGCUGCCCCAGCAGUACACGAGCAAUGACAGCACCCGCAUGGCCCUAGGCUUCUUCAUCAUAUCCGGCAUCGAUCUCCUUACCCAAAACGCUACCUCCGCCGAUGCCAAGAACAACAAGAACACUUCCACCAUCUCCUCCACAGACCGAUCCAACUUCCGCGAAUGGGUGCUGUCGUGCCAACAUACCGCCGGCGGCUUCGCUGGCUCGACCACGCACACACUACCUCCGCACGAGUAUGACGGCUGGGAUUUUGGAUCACUGCGCACCGAGCCCGGAAACUCCAGCUGCUCUAACAUAGCAGCCACGGCGUUUGCGCUGCUCCUUCUUGCCCUCCUGGCCGACGACGUCUCGGGAGAAGCAGCCUUCUAUGGCGUCGAUCGCGUCGCCACACUUCGCUGGCUAAAGAAGCUGCAGCGCCCCGACGGAAGUUUUGGAGAAGUGCUUGUUGACAUUCCGAACAUCGACUCACAUGGCGAAAACGACAAAGUAUCCGGGUCGGUUACCGAGACAAUUGCAGGUGGACGGGACAUGCGAUACUGUUACCUGGCCGCCAUAAUACGUUGGAUACUGCGCGGUGACGUGCAGCCCGAAGAUCCCGGGUGGGUCGAGGAUAUCGAUGUCGAAGCUCUCGUGCGUCACAUUCGUGCAGGCCAGACCUUUGACGGUGGCGUCGCAGAGAGCUCCAUGCACGAGAGCCAUGCCGGCUACGCAUAUUGCGCCGUAAGCGCACUUUCACUCCUUGGCAGACCUCUCGAAGGCAACGAAGCGGAACCGCAACCGGGACCUCAUGACUCCUCUAUAGACAUACCUUACAUACUCCAUUUCCUUGCAUCUCGGCAAUUCGAAUACACAGAUGCGCCCUCCGACGACGAUGAGGACGAGGAGAACUUUUUCCAACCAGAUUCGCUAUCACGCUUGUCUCUCAACGACGAAUACCCACCAUUUGUCGGUUUCAACGGUCGAGUCAAUAAAGUCGCCGACACAUGCUACUGUUGGUGGGUGUGCGGGACUGCAGAUAUCCUCAAGCAAAUGCACAGCUCCGAGGGUGUUGAUGUAUCCAUGGCCCAAGAGUCGGCUCGCCGGUUCUUGAUGGAGAAGACUCAACAUAUGAUUGGUGGGUUUAGCAAGCACCCGGGCGGGCCUCCGGAUGUCUACCAUGCCUACUUCGGACUGAGCGCUCUGGCCGUGCUCGGCGAACCAGCUCUGAAGCCUUUUGAUGUUGGUCUAUGCGUCAGCAAGGACACAAUUGCCAAGAUAGAAGGAGGGCGGCGGGGUCUUUUCAGGAGAAUGUAUUCGGCUGCUGCCGAUGCCUCAAAUCCACAGACCAACAAAAGCAUGACCACCGCGCCACAGCUAUCUACAAGGGACCUCUUGAGUAUGGGUGAAAGUAUAGCCGGAUGCAAUGUGAACGAUCUGAAACAAGGGGAAACACCAGAAGGACCGGCUCUGCUUGAGCAAAUAGUGAAACGGGCAGGAAAUAGUCUUAAGGUAUCUUAA